AUGCCCCAUCCAGUCACCACUUUGCUCGACCUAGUCGCCACUAUGCCCCACCCAACCACCACUAUGCUCCACCCAGUCACCACUGUACUUCCUCGACCACCAAUGUGCUCCACCCAGUUGCUGGUAUGCUCCACCCAGCUGCUACUAUGCUCCACCCAGGUACCAUCGUGUUCUACCCAGUCACCACUGUGCUCCACCCAGGUACCACCGUGCUCCACCCGAUCAGCACUAUCCGGUCAGCUGUGUUCCGCCUGCUACCUAUGCUUCCCCGGUCACCAAUAUGUGUUCCAUUCAAUCACCACCCAGUCACCCCUAUGCUUCACUCAAUCACCGCCGCACCCCACUUACCACCUGCUCCACCCGGUCAGCAUUAUCGGUCAACACCGUGUUCCACCUAGUAUUUUCCACUUAGUUGCCAAUAUGCCUCACCUAGGUAGCACCGUGCUCCGCCCGACCAGCACUAUUUGGUCACCACUGCGCUCCGCAUGCUACCACUUGCUCCGCCCAGUCGUUACUAUGCUCCACUCAGUCGCAACUGUGUCCCACCCAACCCAAUCACCACCAGCAAGUCACCACUACGCUCCACCCAGUCACCAUCGCGCUCUACCCAGACACUUGGUGCGCUCCACCCUGUCGUUAUUAUGCUUCAUCCAGAUAUCACCGUGGCCCACCGAAUUAGCAUUAUCCGACCACCACUGUGCCCCGCCUGCCACCACCAUGCCCCACCCACACCCACCAAUAUGUCCCUCGGACCAUCAGCACAUUCCACCCAACCACUACUACGCUCCGCCCAACCAUCAUAGUGCCCCACCCACCCACCGCUAUGCCCCACCCAGCCACUACCACGCCCUACUCGGUCACUACUGUGCCCCGCCCAACUAUCACUGCGCUCUACCCAGACAGACACCACCGUGCCCCACCCAAUCAGUACUACCUGAUUAUCGCCAUGCUUCGCCCGUUACCACUACGCUCCACCCAUUCACCAAUGUGCACCACCCAGUCACCACUCCGCUCCACCCAACCACUACUGUACCCCACCCAGUUACCACCAUGCUCCACCCAGUCACCACCAUGCUCCACCCAUUCACCAAUGUGCACCACUCAGUACUAUGGCUUAGUCAGUCACCACUGUUCUCCACCCAGUCACCAGUAUGCUCUUGA